GUCGUGAGUUUAGAAACUAUAAGUCUAUAACCAUUAAAAAAAGAGAGGAGAAUGGAGAGUUUGAUGGUAGAGAUGGCCAAGACCAUUUCGUGGAUAGUUGUUAUAGGAGUGUUAUGUUUAGGGAUUCGUGUUUACGGUAAAGUGAUGGCGGAGCAAUGGAGGGUGCGGAGGAAGCUGACGAUGCAAGGCGUGAAGGGUCCUCCGCCGUCGAUAUUUCGUGGAAACGUGCCGGAGAUGCAAAAAAUUCAAUCACAAAUGAUGAGUAACUCUAAACACUACUCCGGUGAUAAUAUCAUCGCCCAUGACUAUACUUCUUCUCUCUUUCCGUACCUUGACCUUUGGCGAAAACAAUACGGGAGAGUGUACACGUACUCGACGGGGGUGAAGCAACACUUGUACAUGAACCACCCGGAAUUGGUGAAAGAACUUAACCAAGCCAACACUCUUAACCUUGGAAAAGUCUCUUACGUCACCAAGCGCCUUAAAUCCAUUCUAGGCCGUGGUGUUAUCACCUCUAAUGGGCCUCAUUGGGCCCAUCAACGUCGUAUCAUCGCCCCCGAGUUCUUUCUUGACAAAGUCAAGGGAAUGGUGGGAUUGGUGGUGGAAUCGGCGAUGCCAAUGCUGAGCAAAUGGGAAGAGAUGGUGAAAGAAGGAGAAAUGGUGUGUGACAUAAGAGUGGACGAAGACCUAAGAGCUGUUUCUGCUGAUGUUAUCUCUAGAGCUUGCUUUGGGAGCUCCUUCACCAAGGGCAAAGAGAUUUUCUCUAAGCUUAGAUGUCUUCAAAAGGCCAUCACUCAUAACAACAUCCUCUUUAGCCUCAAUGGCUUCACUGAUGUUGUGUUCGGGACUAAGAAGUAUGGGAACGGGAAGAUUGAUGAGUUAGAGAGGCAUAUUGAGUCUUUGAUAUGGGAAACCGUUAAGGAAAGAGAAAGGGAAUGUGUGGGAGAUCACAAGAAGGAUCUAAUGCAGUUGAUACUAGAAGGGGCUAUGAGUAGUUGUGAUGGUAGCUUGGAGGACAAGACACAAUCUUACAAAAGUUUCGUCGUGGACAAUUGCAAAAGCAUCUAUUUUGCCGGCCAUGAGACCAGUGCGGUUGCUGUCUCUUGGUGUCUUAUGCUCCUAGCUCUCAACCCUUCUUGGCAAAAUCGGAUUCGCGAUGAAGUCUUUCUUUAUUGCAAGAACGGUAUUCCUGACGCAGACUCUAUUUCCAACCUAAAAACGGUAACAAUGGUUAUCCAAGAAACGUUGAGGCUAUACCCACCAGCAGCAUUCGUAUCAAGAGAAGCCCUUGCGGACACAAAAAUCGGAAGCUUCGUGGUGCCAAAGGGAGUGUGCAUCUGGACAUUGAUCCCUACAUUGCACAGAGACCCUGAGAUAUGGGGAGCUGACGCGAAUGAAUUCAAGCCAGAAAGAUUUAACGAAGGGGUCUCUAAAGCCUGCAAACACCCUCAGUCCUUCGUCCCAUUUGGCUUAGGGACAAGGUUGUGUUUAGGAAAAAACUUCGGUAUGAUGGAGCUCAAGGUUCUUGUGUCACUUGUUGUGUCAAGCUUAGGUUAUCAUGUGUAUGGAAGAGCGGUGGUGGAGCAGUGGAGGAUGCGAAGGAGUCUAAAGAUGCAAGGCGUGAAGGGUCCUCCACCGUCGAUCUUUAACGGCAAUGUGUCGGAGAUGCAACGGAUUCAGUCGGAAGCUAAACACUGUUCCGGCGAUAACAUCAUUUCUCAUGACUAUUCUUCUUCUCUCUUUCCUCAUUUCGAUCACUGGCGAAAACAAUACGGGAGGAUUUACACAUACUCAACGGGGUUAAAGCAGCACCUUUACAUAAACCACCCGGAAAUGGUGAAGGAGCUUAGCCAAACCAACACACUUAACCUUGGCAGAAUCACUCACAUCACCAAACGCCUUAACCCCAUCCUUGGCAAUGGUAUCAUCACCUCUAAUGGGCCUCAUUGGGCCCAUCAACGUCGUAUCAUUGCCCAUGAGUUUACCCACGACAAAAUCAAGGGAAUGGUUGGUUUAAUGGUGGAAUCUGCUAUGCCAAUGUUGAAUAAAUGGGAAGAGAUGGUGAAAAGAGGAGGUGAAAUGGGGUGUGACAUAAGAGUAGACGAAGACCUUAAGGAUGUGUCGGCUGAUGUUAUCGCUAGGGCUUGCUUUGGGAGCUCUUUUUCAAAAGGCAAAGCAAUAUUCUCUAUGAUUAGGGAUCUUCUAACGGCCAUUACUAAACGAAGCGUCCUCUUCAGAUUCAAUGGCUUCACUGAUUUGGUGUUUGGGAGUAAGAAGAAGCAUGGUGAUGUCAAUAUUGAUGCGCUUGAGAUGGAACUGGAAUCUUCGAUAUGGGAAACGGUUAAGGAGAGGGAAAUUGAAUGUAAGGAUGCUCAUCACAAGAAGGAUCUAAUGCAGUUGAUACUCGAGGGAGCGAUGCGUAGUUGCGAUGGUAACUUGUGGGACAAGUCAGCCUAUAGACGUUUUGUGGUGGACAAUUGUAAGAGCAUCUAUUUCGCCGGACAUGAUUCAACCGCAGUCUCCGUGUCUUGGUGCCUUAUGCUCCUUGCUCUCAAUCCUAGUUGGCAGAUUAAAAUACGCGAUGAAAUCUUGAGAUCUUGCAAGAAUGGCAUUCCCGACGCAGAAUCAAUUCCUAAUCUAAAAACGGUGACAAUGGUAAUACAAGAAACAAUGAGACUAUACCCACCAGCACCAAUCGUGGGAAGAGAAGCAUCCACAGACAUAAGACUUGGAGACCUUGUGGUACCAAAAGGAGUGUGCAUUUGGACACUCAUUCCUGCCUUACACCGAGACCCCGAGAUCUGGGGACCAGACGCAAACGACUUCAAGCCAGAGAGGUUUAGUGGGGGAAUCUCUAAAGCUUGCAAAUACCCUCAGUCAUACAUCCCAUUUGGCCUUGGACCAAGAAUAUGCGUAGGCAAAAACUUUGGUAUGAUGGAAGUCAAAGUGCUUGUUUCACUUAUUGUCUCAAAGUUUAGUUUUACUCUGUCUCCAACUUAUCAACACUCUCCAAGCCAUAAACUGCUUGUAGAGCCUCAACAUGGUGUUGUCAUUAGGCUUUCAACAUUUCAAAGCGAAGAAGAAGAAGACGAGACUAAAGAAACAGAGAGAGAGAAGCGAGUCAACAUUCUGAAUAUGGACGUGUUUCCGGCGGAGAAGAACCAAGCUUUUCCGGCGGAAGAAACUGACAAAGACGACGACGACGACGGAGUGGAUUUGUGCCGGAUUUGCCGAUCACCAGAGACACCAGACAAUCCGUUGAGGUAUCCAUGUGCGUGUAGAGGUUCUAUCAAGUACGUUCACCAACAAUGUCUCCUUCUCUGGCUCAACCGUCGUGGAUUCAAGCAGUGCGAGGUAUGUGGGAUUAGCUACUCCUUUGUCCCUGUUUAUUCGGAGAACGCACCGCAUAAGCUUCCAUGGCAUGAGUUUCUGAUAGGACUGUUGUUGAGAGCGAUACGCGUUGUUGUUUGGGGUUUUGUGAUUCUCUUCAACGCUUAUUGUUAUUCUUUGCAUCCUUGGGGAAGAGAAGUUGCGAUUGAAAACCAGAGAGUUUUUCGAGUUUCUGAGAAAUUUGCUUCUCUUUUGGCUGGUUGCAUCUACAGUGGUUUUAUUGGUUAUGUUAUGGCAGUGAUGGUGCUUCUUAGGUUUAUUGUUGAUCAUUUCUUUGGAAUUUACUUAGUGAAUGGUUUAGGACUUGGAGUUGUUGCUAGAUUUGGUGCUGUAUUGUGGAAAUACAUGGGGAUUUUGAGUGAUUGGUGGCAUGAUCAUCUCAUACGCUUUCGAUUGUUCCACGCCAUUAUGGUUGGACCUCGUGAAGUAGUAAUUCUUCCUCGAAACACACGACUUCAUGAAUUUGGAGCUAUCAGGAGUUUUCUCUUCUUUCUUGAUGACAAUUCGUUUGCUGUUCUUGCCAUCAGCUUUUGUGUUUCAUUCUUCUUCGUUCUUCUUCCAUUUAUUAUGGGGAAACUUGUCUUUGCACUCCUACUUCUUUUCCAACGUAUGGGGGUUCUUUCAGGAUACUCAUCACUUGGCCAAGAACCUGUCACUGUUGGAUAUAUGACUAUGCUCUCACUCUCCUUUGCUUAUCUUGGAAGUUUUGCUACUCCGAGUCGAAGCUCCAUUCAAACCAUUGCUAGAAGAUUAUCAUUGGGGUUUCUCUUGGUAGCAGUGGCACCCCCAUUCUUGCUAUGGAUACUUGCAGUAAAAGUGUGGAAAAAUCUAUCGGUGGUUAAGGAUGGUUUCAUCUUGUGUUUGAAAAUUGGUGUUUUACCUUUGGUACUUGGCUGCUGGUUAGAUUUUUGCACCCUCCCUAUAUUCGGGACGCGAAUUUCCAAGAGGCUUGAGCUGCUUUCAAACUAUCCCAUAAUCAUGAUCAUACAUUGGGGGUUUGGACAAAUUUGCUUGAUGUUGGCUUUCAAUUCCAUGGAGCUUAUCCAGAAGCUCAUUAAGAAACGACUUUUUUGGUUUCUCCUAGAUGUUACUGAUCCCAACUACACAAUCACUAAACUACACAUUCGCCAAAUUCUAUUUGCAUUGGCUUUCCACGGGUCAAUGAUGGUGAUUGUGGUUCACUUACCUAUAAUGACCAUCUUUCUCAUCAGCCCCUCAUUUUUCCCGAUCCAAUUCUGGAUCUAUGACGAAAGGAUUAUGUUUGGCUCAAUGGCUGCUUAUGUAUUCUUAGUGAAACUAGGACCUAUCGAGUGGUUAGCCGAGCUUAUUAAACAAGCUGUAGAACCCAUAGUUCACAAGUGGAUUAUCACUAUCAGUUCUUGGCUCAAGUUGAGCGAGUUCUUGCUCGAAAACCAUGCAGAUCAGAAUGUGAGACCGUUGCAGAACCUUGAUGAAUGGUUUCUAAUGUAUUCCAUAGCCGAAGGCUCUGUAGUCUGUUUCCAUGGAUCACAGAGUGAUACCAAUUUUGAAGAGGAUAUUGGCGACAAUAGGUUUAUACUAAGGAUCGGAGUGAUAUUGGUUCUAGCUGCUUUGAGCAUGUUUCUCAUUAGCACAAUCUCCAUGGUUUUUCCAAUUCUGAUGGGAAGGGUGUUCUUCCACUCUAUCUCUUUCAUCAUACCUUUCGAACUCAAAUACGACGAUCUUUAUGGUUUCUGGAUUGGAUGUUAUAUCCUGCGAGCAAUCUAUAUCGGUACUUGCUUCGUAUUUAAUCAUAUCAUGAUUGGAAGAACCGAUUUGCUUCUCAACCUUGUUCUGUUGUGGAUACGGAAUGCUUUACUCUUCUCCAUCUGGAUCUCUGUCAUUCCGGCAUUACUUGGUAUCCUUAUCGACUUUAUGAUCAUCAUCCCAUUACAAGUGCCGUUAAACGAAUCACCAGUUUAUUCAUUGCUCCAAGAUUGGUUGAUUGGAUUAGUCGUUCUUCACAUCUGGACAUAUCUGACUAUGUUCACGCGUAUCAACUGUUUCGCAACUGUGGCUUGGCGGGAGAAGCUCGAGAGAAUCAGAAAUGUAGGAAUCAACCGGCUUCCCUUUACGUGGCUGCUUCAAGAUGUCAUUUGUUCCAUCAUGAUCACUCUUUCAACAACUCUCGGCUUCCCUUUCUUGGUGGCAUACUCUCUACUCCCUUGUCUUGGAGUUUCUGCUGCAGUCAACUUAGCCGUACAGAGGCUCAUAUGGCCGGUGUUAUUAGCCAUCAUCGUCCUAGGAUUCGUAGCCAAGCUCACCCUCGAUCUCUUCGUUUAUAUUCACCGAGUGGAAUACAAUGAUCGGUAUAUGGUGGGCGACAGAGUGACUGAUUUCACUGAAGAUCUUCAGUAAGGGAUCAACUCAUCAGGACUAUGACACAGUAGACAGAUAUUGCAUCGACAACUUUUUUGAUUUUAGACUUUUCUCAGAUUUCCUUUGCUAAAUCUUUAAUCUCUUGAAUCUUGUUUCAUCAUCUUUUUACUUCUUUAGCAAUGAUUAGGUUAAAAACUCAGUUUGAUUUUGGAUAUUACGAUAUGCAAUUUACAAGGUCGAUUAGUAUCAAUUAAUAUGUGGUUUAGUUUUUUUAUUAGGCUAGACAACACAAUGUACAACAGAGGUUAUAUUCUCGAGAAUAAAUGUAGCCAAACUUGAAACUGGAAUUGGAGUAGUCUUGUUUGGUGCUACUGAGAAAGGGACCUUUAGAAUCUAACAAAGACUUGAUGCUAAGUAAAAUUCUACAUUUUGU